AGCCGGAGCCGAUCGCGCCCGGCGGAGCCCCGCGGCCGAGGGACCUUGUGGGGAGUUUGCAACAACUCCGCGGCCUCUGCGGGGCCGCCGGUGCGGGGCCGCCGCCGCCUUCCCCGCCUCCUCCUCCUCCCCUUCCUCCUCCUCCUCCUCCUCCUCCCCCUCCUCCUCCUCCCCCCUCGGGCUUUUCUCCCCCCCUUCCCCUCCCUCCCCGCUCGCUCUGAUUCCGCUCUCCGCCCCUCCGCGCCCUGCGUGUGUGUGUUUUUCGCCGCCGCUCUCCGCCGAGCCCCUUGGCAUGAGUUAAGCCCCAGCCAUGGACACCAAACACUUCCUGCCGCUCGAUUUCUCCAACCAAGUCAAUUCCUCGUCCCUGAACUCUCCCACAAGCCGGGGGCCCAUGGCCACCCCAUCCCUGCACCCGUCCAUCGGGCCGGGCAUCGGUUCCUCGCUGGGCUCCCCGGGCCAGCUCCACUCGCCCAUCAGCACCCUGAGCUCGCCCAUCAAUGGCAUGGGACCUCCGUUCUCCGUCAUCAGCUCCCCCAUGGGCCCGCACUCGAUGUCCGUCCCCUCCACACCCAGCCUGGGAUUCGGCACCAGCAGCCCACAGCUCAACUCGCCCAUGAACUCCGUCAGCAGCACAGAAGACAUUAAGCCCCCCCUGGGGCUCAACGGAGUCCUCAAAGUGCCAGCACAUCCCUCAGGAACGAUGGCCUCCUUCACCAAGCACAUAUGUGCCAUCUGCGGGGACAGAUCUUCAGGAAAGCAUUACGGGGUUUACAGCUGUGAGGGCUGCAAAGGCUUCUUCAAGCGCACGGUGCGGAAGGACCUGACCUACACGUGCCGCGACAACAAGGACUGCCUGAUCGACAAGCGCCAGCGCAACCGCUGCCAGUACUGCCGCUACCAGAAGUGUCUUGCCAUGGGCAUGAAGCGAGAAGCCGUCCAAGAGGAGAGGCAGCGGGGCAAGGACCGCAACGAGAACGAGGUGGAGUCGACAAGCAGCGCCAACGAGGACAUGCCCGUGGAGAAGAUCUUGGAGGCUGAACUCGCGGUGGAGCCAAAGACAGAGACGUACAUCGAAGCAAACAUGGGCUUGACGCCGAGCUCGCCCAAUGACCCGGUGACAAACAUAUGCCAGGCAGCAGACAAACAGCUCUUCACCCUGGUGGAGUGGGCCAAGAGGAUCCCCCACUUCUCGGAGCUGCCCCUGGACGACCAGGUCAUCUUGCUUAGAGCAGGGUGGAACGAGCUCCUAAUCGCCUCCUUCUCCCACCGCUCCAUAGCCGUGAAAGACGGGAUCCUGCUUGCCACCGGGCUGCACGUGCACCGGAACAGCGCGCACAGCGCCGGCGUCGGGGCCAUCUUCGAUAGAGUACUGACAGAACUCGUGUCAAAAAUGCGAGACAUGCAGAUGGACAAGACAGAGCUAGGCUGCCUGCGAGCCAUUGUCCUCUUCAACCCCGACUCAAAAGGUCUCUCCAACCCAGCUGAGGUGGAGGCGUUGCGGGAGAAGGUGUACGCGUCGCUGGAGGCUUACUGCAAACACAAGUACCCCGACCAGCCCGGGAGGUUCGCCAAGCUCCUGCUGCGUCUCCCAGCCCUCCGGUCCAUCGGCCUCAAAUGCCUGGAGCACCUCUUCUUCUUCAAGCUAAUAGGCGACACGCCGAUCGACACCUUCUUGAUGGAAAUGCUGGAAGCACCUCACCAAAUGACUUAGAGAACUGCUGCCGGGUCAGUCCCUUGCCCGGCCGGGGUCCUGCGGGGCCCCUUCCUCUGCUCCCCUUGCCCAGCCCGUCCCUGCCUCCUCUCCCCGGCGCUGGAGGCACCGUCUGAGCCGGGGACCCCCCCGCCGCCGUCCUCGCCUCCUCGUCGCCUUCACCCUGCUCCAUUUGCUGUCACUGCUGCAUCUCCAGACCUGCUCGCUGGUUCCCUGCGCUACAUGUAGACAAGUGGGAGCGGACAGAGCUUGUCACCCACCGCCCUGGCUCGCACCCUGCCCCGGCAGCUCCGGAUCGGGGUGAGCAUCGGGAUGGGGACAUGGGGACACCCAGCCCUGGGCAGCGAGGGGAGCGGUUGGACUCGCCGGUUGAUGCUGGCUCUAUUCAGAGGAUGGAGCUUUUGACAAAGAGAAGAAAAAAAAGAGAAAAAAACAAAACAGAAUUCUAUUUUUGGUCUGUAACUGUUGGUAGCAGCGUCAGUGGUUCCAUCACAGGGCAGAGCCAGCCCGGCCCCUGCCCCAUGUGAGUCACCCGGGGCUGCACAGAGCCUUCUCCUUCCAGGUCAGAGCAGAGGAUUUGGGAUUGAGCUGGACCCCCCGUCAGUAACACGGUGACACCCUCUCACCUGCCCGCAGAGGGUCCCAUGGGCGCCAGCACCUGAAAAACCCCUUUUUGCCAUCCCCAGGGCAGCCGGGCAUUGCUGCCCUUCCCAAAGAUGCCUCUGCGCUGCUGUGGAGCUGCCCACAUGGACAUGAGCUGGCUGCAGCACUUGCUUUAAGGCUGCCAGGGACUCAGCAUCGCCAUUCCCCAGCUCACAGGGUCUUGCUGGACCCCAGCCCUCAGCACCACAUCCAGCAUCCCAGCACAGCCCCGCUCCCAAGGCUGGGUCCAGCCUGUCCUGCCAGAACCAUGCUUGAUUUCAUGGGCUGUUGCAUUGGAGCAGCAGGAGCUGAUGUGUCAGCAACGGCUCCUCCUUGGGCUUUGGGUCCUGACCUGGUUUUGUGAGGUUUGAGGGGCAUUUCCAGCUGAUGGGCUGGGCUCAGUGAAACACCCUGAGCCCUGGCCUCGCGCAAGCCCUCCCCUCGCACGGAGGUUCCAGCUUACCCAGGAACCUGCUCCUGUUCAUUCAGCAGCACCCUGCAAAACACUGCAGGGCAUCGAUUAGUGGGAGUGCUGGUAAUUGUGGCUGUUUAUUAGUGGUGAACCAAGAACUGGGCUCCCUCUGCCCUGAUUCUCCCCCUGUGUGUGGAGCCGAGAGGUCCUGGAUGGAUGGGGGAUGCAGGAGCAGCCCCGGCCCAUCUGGGAUGCUGAAAGCACCAACAGCACCUUGGCUUCUGCAUGGUCCUUCCCUUGGGUCUUGGUGUGGCAGCAGGGAGAUGGAAAUUAGGGACAUGAUCCCAGGAAUGUUCCCACACCCCAUGGGACGGGAUUCUCUGGGGAGAGGUCAGCCAGGGAGCAUUUCCCCUUCACUUCCUUGGGUGUCUCACUGCAAAGAUGAGUUUAAGAGCAAAACCCAGCAGAGCAAGUGGUGAGAGAUGUUGAGGUUUUCCCCCUUUGGCAGGAUGGGCUGUCCCAGCACAGCAAGGGGUGCUCGGAGCCAAGAACGAGGUGCCUGUGGUUGGCCAAGGGCUUUUCCUCACUCUCAUAUCUUCUGAACUUUACAACAGCAGUGUUAGUUCCCAAAGCUAUUUCUCUUGCUCCCUGUGGGUUGUAGCUGGCUCUUCAAACAUCUUUUCUCUGGAUGGAGCAGCGCCCACCUCUGGUUCUGAGGGGACAUGGUUGUCACCCACCCCUUGUCACCCCCCUGGCAGCUCCAUCCCUGCAGCUGGCCAGGGCAUCUCAUUGCUAAAGAAACUCAGGAUUUCGGGUCAUCGCCUCCCCUCGGGCUGGUCCAAAGCAGCGACCCCAGCGCAGCAGGUUCGUGCUCGGCUGGGUUCGUGCUUGGCCAGGUUAGUGCUUGGCCGGGCUCCUCCAGCAGCCUGCACGCUGCUGAAAAUAUUAUUAAACAGCUUCACCCUGCAGGGAUUUGCCAAGAAAACCAAGCGAGAGACAGGAACACGCGGCGGGUGCCAGUGAACACGAGCAGGCGGCUCCGUGCCAGCCUCAGGCUGGCACAGCCACGGGGAGGUGGGAGCCUGGAGCCAGGCCCCCCGUCACCAGGCACUGCAGCCCUCAGCAGUGGGAAGGAGCCUGGAGCUCGCUGGCCGCGAAGGAUGAGGGUGGGUUGUGGAAGGGUCGGUGGUCACUGUGCUGGAACCAACCCACUGUUUUCUGUUGGGUGGAACCGCUGCUUUCCUCAUGGAUGGCUUGGAAGGGGCUGGUUGGUGCUGAGCUCUGGUGGCUUUGCAAGGCUGAGGUCUGGAUGGCUGCAGCCCUGGGCACUGCCAGGCUGCAGAGUGGGAGCUCCCAUCCCAUCCCAUCUCAUUUCAUGCCAUGCCAUCCUGUCCCAUCCCAUGCCAUUCAUGUCACCCUAUCCCAUUUAGCAUUUUGAUCUGAUAAAAUGCCACAAGCCAGGGUGUCGUCAGCCAGUACCGUGGUGUAAAGGGGAGGCUGUGUGGGCUGGGGGGAUGUCCCCCAUGCCUCAGUUUCCCACUGGAGCAGAGCACAACCUCCAGGUCCUGCCCUUGGGGAAAGGCUGAGCAUUGUCCUGGGCCGAGGAGCCCCCCACGUUGCUGUAGCUCAGCGUGACCCUGUUGCUUUCAUAAAGCCCAUCUGGUGUCCCCAGCAGCCACAAGGGGUGUUUCAGGUUGUCAGAGGGUCCUGGAUGCUUGUGACCAGCUCCCAGAGCCCAGAACCCCCCAACACCACCAGCCCUGGCAUCAGGAAAAGCUUUUGUGCAUCCAUCCGGCCACAUCUGCCACAGCAGCCUUAAAGCAAUGUGCUUGUGCAUGAGUUUGAGUCUUUCAUUAUGUAUUCUCUUUCACUUUGGGCUUUUUUGUUUGUCCUCAUCUUAUUAAUGAUCGAUAUUCUCCAGGCUUGCUUGAGGAGGUGAUAUGUGGUUAAAAGAGGCACAUUAUUCACUAGGGAGGUAGGACUGUGAUUUAACCAGAUCUCCUGCAAAAAUCUGGUUUGAUUGGGGUGAUCUAUUGCUGAAUUAUUAUUUUUGUAAUUCCUUCUCGUUGGUGGGACAAUCUUUAAUUUUCUAAAAGAUAGCUCAAAGACCAGCCCCGCAGCCACCGCCUGGCACCCUGGAUGCUCCUCGCUGCCUUCUUGUGUGUGUGCACGGUCUCAGCCGAGCCCGAACCCCAAACCAGCGAGUCCCGGGGCCACCCCCUGCGGGUGCUGAGGCCUCCUGAGCAUCCCCCCAGCACCCGUGGGUGCAGGGAGCCCCAGCCCGCACAGCACCCACGCUGGGCCCGAGACACGGGACCGCGGCUCAGGAGCUGGUGCUGGCCCCAUCAGUGCUGGGCGAGCAUGGGCUGGCUUCAGCUGACACGUAUGUGCGUGUGUAUACAUGUAUGUACUGUAGAUAUAUACACUGUAUAAAUAGCCUCACUCACAUAUACAUAUAUUAUAACUGUAGCAAUUACAGACUUCUCGUGGUUUCUUGUUUUAAGUCCAUUUUCCUGUUUUUUUUUUCCUUGCUUUUUUGUUUGUUUGGGGGUUUUUUUGCUUCAUGUAAGUGAGAGUACAUCGUAUCCGCAGCCCUCUCCGAAUUGGCUGAUGCCAAUCUGGAUCUUUAUUCCUCGUGGCAAAGGAACUGCAUCUAUUUUAAGAUGCCUUUUUGUUUUGUUUCCUUGUUUGUGUUUGUGUUUUGAGCAGCAGGUGGGUUUAAGACUGGCUUUAGCGAUUCCCAGUACUUAGCGACGGAUGCCUUGGCUAUGGGAUGCAUAGAUAACAAAUAAAAUACAUGAACAUUUAGAAUGAAAGAAAGAAAAGAUAAGGAAAAAUAUCUAAAGCAUCAAUAAAGUUAAAAUCUAUUUUUGUACAAAUGUAA